AUGUUCACCAUCUCGCCUCACCCAUCACUGCUGCUCCUGUCGCUGUGGUUCCAGAGCACCCAAGGAAGAUGCGUCUUUGAUGAAGUACAGCAGUCGGUCAGAGUUGUAACUCCAGUGACAGGGUCCAGCCCCACCAAACACAUUGAAGUGAGCGACAGCCUGGCUGUAUUCCCUGCUUCAGAACAGAUAGGAGCUUUUCGCUGGACCAGAGGGACCUCUCUGCAGUACCUCCAACCCCAGAGAACGAGGGGUCAAGCCAUGACAGACAUGGCACCAAUCAGAAUUAGUACUUGGAUCCCACAGGAGAGUGUCCCCCUGUCUGAGGUGGACAGAGAAAGACUGGAUUCAGCAAUCAACCAAACUGUCAGAAUUGUAUCCGGUCUGCUUUCAGUGAGACACAUUCCUGGUCCUUUGCUUCUCAGCAGAGACAUCAACAAGUACUGCAAGUUCAUCUGGAGGAAUGCCAGCGCUGCCAAUUACAACAGGUGUGGUCGAGCCAAUGGCAGCUACAGGAAUGAAACUUGUCUGGAUGUUGUUAUUCCAGAUGAGCACCUAAGGGGCUGUGCUGUCUUCCAUCAUCCUGACUCACCAAUCAGCGCAGAGUUUAGAAGAGAGGGGGCAGGACUUGAUAACACAGACUUCCUGCUAUAUCUGCACAUACAGAACUCUCGCAGAUGCAGUACAGAGCCCAGUAUGCUGGCCUAUGCAGCCCACUGCCAGACUGACCCUCAGGGCCGCCCCUUGGCCGGGACCGUGGUCAUCUGUAGAGAGCAGCUGAGGCAAGAGAGAUACAGGCAUGAAACUACUGUGCAGGUAUUGAUCCAUGAGCUGUUCCACGUGUUGGGUUUCUCGAGAACUCUCUUCAACACCUGGAGGGACUGUUUCCACACUCGCCAAGCUGGCAUGGGAUGCCUCCCUCAUGGGCGGGUGACUAACUUGGAUGACACGGGUCACAUGCGGAUCUACACUCAGUCAGUCGUCCGAGCUCUGCAGGAACACCUCAAUUCCACAGACCCUCAACUGGGAGGUCCUCUUGAAAACGUGGUACACACUACAUAUUAUAUACAUUUCUAUGAUUAUGAUGCUGACUCCGGUGGACUCUCGUCCCACUGGGAGGCUCGUGUUCUGCUGGGUUCCAUUAUGACGGCUGCCCUCGGAGAGCCGUCCACUGUACAGAUAGACCACAUGACCCUGGCAGCGCUGCAGGACACUGGCUGGUAUUCAGCGAACUUCAGCCGCGCCCAGAGCCUGGUGUGGGGGCAAGGUAGUAUGUUUAAGUAG